AUGACAACUUUGAUCGAUCUUUCGAGGGUAGACAUGAAUGACCCAACAAAUCUUCAUCUUUACUCUGAGAUACUGGUAUUCAAAGACGAUCUCCUGCGGCAAGAGUUAGUAUUCAGAGAUAGGGCGAACUCAGAGCAGAGAAUACUUCAAGCUCUCGCUCACCGUCUAGGAUUGGAGUAUGAGUAUUUUGCGCAGCUGAAGAUAGUCAGAAUCAGCCGACCAGCCAAUGAAUCUCUCUACGCACCAGGGCCACAAAAUUAUGACCUGGUUAACAUGAAUUGGCUGUUAUCCAGUCAGGAUGAGUCAUGCCAGGACGAGGACUUCAACUUUUUGGAUUUUGACUUGGAGCAGAACCAGAAAUUUUUCGGAUCUAACAGCCACAAUUUCAGCUUACCUCCCGUGAUUCCCAGCUCUGACGGCGAAGCUUAUGAGCUCGAAACGAGAACCCAAACUCCCACUGCUCGUACGACUCUUCUCAAGCUCUGGACAGACCAUCUUGGCAAAAGCGAUAUCAUAGCUUGUUUCCAAACUCCAAUUAAGCGAGCCGGCUGCUGGCUGCACAAGCUACUCAAACUCUCGGGUACAACUUCAAGAUAG